AUGAAGACGAUGCUCAGAAGUCCAGAAAUGAGAUUCCAGAAGCUUAGGCACGAAUACACCUCUUCUUCUUCUCGCUUUCAAAUUUUCCGUCUUCUGCGGCGUCGUGAUGUUGCUAUUGAUGCAAGAGGGGAGAAGGAUGGUUAUGGAGGGGAGAAUGAGAUCAGAGCAGGGAAAGAUGAAGAUUCUUCUACAGAAUUCCAGCGGGAAUCUCAAUUGUUAAGGGGCUGUUAUGAUGUUUGGAUUUCCGCUUAUGCUGAAACUGGUAUGACGACAAAGAGUUUGAAGCAUGGAGGCUUAUCAUGGAAGACUUUGAAGUAUGAAGAGAUAGGAUUUAGGAUGAGCGUUAAGGUUUAG